AUGGAUAAUUCACUUAAUUCACUUUUUCCCGAAGGAUUAAAAAGUCAUUCUCAGUGGAAUUUUUUAACCUUUGACCCAUUAAAAUAUAUUUACUUUAAUGUAGCCUUUAUUUUUAUUGCUUACCCUUUGUAUUGGUUGAUAGCAGGAUUUUUUAGUUGGGAGUUAGCUAGAAAAUCACCUUGUAAACAUUUUAGUGAUGUAUUAGCAUGUGUUCGAUAUGGAUUUAUUGUGUUCGUACUUGGGGCUUAUUCGGUAACAUUCAGUUGGAAUACGGUAAUAUCAUUUUAUAUAGCAAUAUUUGGAUAUGCUCUUUUGGCUGAACUUCCUUUCGCUAGGGAAUCAUUACCAACUUGGCCAAUUAAAUUUCAAAAACCAAAUAAUAGUAAAUUCUUGUGGUGGUAUCUUGGAAGUUUAACAAUACCAAUAAUAUUAAUUUUAAUGGGAAUUUUAGUAACCAAAGAACAUAAUGAUAGAAUAUUAACAAAAAAAUAUAUAAAGAUUAAAAAGAUUAUAAAGAUUAUAAAUAUAUUUAAGAAAUCUAAUAAUGAGAUUAAUAUAAGAACUGAACUCAUUUCAUCUGAACCACGACCAUAUUUAAGUAAAACACGAAUUCAUAUACAUCAUUGGCAAAUAUUUUAUGUCUUGGCUUUUUUCACAAGAUUUAAUCAUCCUAUUUCUCAAAUUGGAGGUGGAAUUGUAUUAGGUAUUUAUUCUCAGGGUAUGAUUGCUGGUAACAUUGAUCCGGAACGACAAGGAAUAUAUGGUGGCCUUUAUCUAUACACCGAACAACCUCAAGAGGAUGCUCAAGGUGAUAGAAUAAAGAUUUUUUAA